CUAACGUAAGCAUUGUUUCAAUAAUAUGUUUCUGUGACUGUAUGACCAACUUUUGAAGCAAUGUUUUUCCAAGGUUUGAGACGUAUUGGUGCAAUUUUUUGUGGUAUUGCAUGGCUGGACUGAAAGUGGCAUUUCAAUAGAGAUUUUGAUUACGCAAAUCUUAAUUGCAGGUAUAGCUAACUUGAAAUGAUUAACAGGGUAUUUUCACAAGUUUCAAAUGUCUUGUACCGACGAAAACACCAAUCUUUAACAACCUUACUUUAUCGGUUAGGUGUGUUGUAUUCGAAAUGAUAUUCCGAAAUGAAACCAAUUAAUAAGUUUGGACUUUGAGGAAAUAACAAUGCUGGUGAACAUCGUACGAGGUCGGGGGAGAGGAUCGUUGCCUACAGAAUUUCAAAACUAUCGAAGCAAGUUUAGUUAAGUUUGUCUUUAUGGGAAAGUUUCUUGGUAAAUAGAGACUCGCGCUCUGUAUUCAGUAUUACACUAAACAGGCAGUUUAACAGCUUUGCUGCAGGUCCCUUAAACCAAGCGCCAUUUUGUAUGAAAGAAUCUGACAGAGACAAGCUAAGCUAAUUUGAAAUUAUUUCCUUCAAUUAUCCUACGUUACCUCUCUAAAAUAUAACAGAUUUAAUUCUUGCAGUCUUAAACGUUAGGAGAGUUUAAAUAAUAGAGUCACAUUCGAUCAUUUACAUGAUUCCUAAAACACAGGAAUUUUCGAGAACGUUCAUUUAAUUCACAUUUAUUAUUGCAUAUCAAGCAAUUGAGAAUUUCGAGAGCUUAGACGACAAAUAUACCACUUAUCAUUUGAUCCUUUCAAUUGUUAUUUGCAUUAGCAUUUCUAUUCGAGACGAUACCUUUUUGCAAAGAAAUUAUCUCUUUUGUUUUGAAAGUAAGUUUCCAUUUCAUUGUCGUUGUUCAAACAGCAAAUAAUGGUGGUUCCAGAGAAAGCAGGUAGAUAAAUGAGCAGGUUUCUUUUCCCACUGAUGUAAAUAGUCCUUGAGUUGGAACUGAGCAAUCGUUAUCAAAAUGUAUAAUGCUUGCAACAGAUAACCAAAAGAUCAAUGCGGUUAAGUGUUGCCCUGAAUCUUGUUUGAUGUUCUGUAGAAUCAAAUAAAACCUUCGGGAAAAAUGGAAUUUGUGCUAUUUCCUUAAUGAAAGAAACUUGAAUUUAACACAAAAAUUAUUCUAAGUUUUUCAAGAUACACCAGAACGACAGAUUAGCCUUUAUCACUCAGGCAAGCAACAAUUCUCUCCUUUUUGUUUGUAUGGAAAUGAAUUUUGGCAAAUACAUUUUCACUAGAAAUCUGUUCAUGGCAGUUGAUAAAAAGCCGGAGAGUUCACUCAAUAACUGUGAAAAAAAUAUUUGUUGCAUCCUUUAUUGUACAAAGAUGUUUCUUAGAAAAAGGAAAGGUCGGCUUUGGGCAUAAUCUAUUCGAAUUCAAAUUGAUGCACGUAAUCUAAAACUCACAAAAAUUAAUCAUUCAAGCUGGAAGUAAAAUAUUUGCAAUUUUCACCUUUUUCGAUUCACAAAAAAAAGUUAUAAUUAUGGAAUAAAACAAAGCAACUCUAUUGCAUUACGGAGAGAUAGCCGAAUUCAUGGGAUUCACUAGGUCCUGAUAUCAAUUUUCCUUCAUAAUUAUGUCUUAAACUCUAUCAUUACAUCCAGUUCAGUGUACGGUUUUUAAAGAAGCAAAAUAACCUGUUAUGAACCAAUCACGGUGGGAAUCCACCGAGCUAAGAUGGCAAGCCUGGUCAAGUGUUUAAUUUCCCUGAUAUCCAAGCGCCGAAUACUUUCUAUUGAUCUCAGUUCAUAAAUUAUGAAUGUAAAGGUCUUAAAUUCACAAAGCACAAGAGUGAAAUCGAAGCAAAACAAUGAUCCCAAAUGCAACAUGAAUCAUAUUUGCUUACUUUUUCUGCGCGGUUAUAUGCCGAGAGAGACAAGCACCUUAUGCACUUAGAGACGUGCUAAAAUCAAGAGCAGAGUUUGGCAUGCUUGGUUGUUGUCGACGUGUUUACAUCUGUGUAUAGGCAGGGAACAAAAAGGGAGCAGGGGACAAAAAGUUGUCUUGACAAAACCUGAAGCCUGACACAAUUAUCGCUCUAAGAAAAUUAGCAUCUGUAUCCAAUCGAGGAUGACAGAUGUUGAAACCGAGCUUAUAACGGGCCAACCGCCUAAAUGCGAAGGAAGUACACAGAAUGUCUAUUUUGAUGAUGACGUCGACCCUGGCUCGAUUAAUCCUUUCGACAGUCCGAGGAUUUCACUUGUGAAUCAAUGUGAUAGCGAAUCAGAAACAUGGACUGAGCGCCGUGUGAGGAUUAAUGUUGGAGGCAGAAAAUUCCAAACAUGGGAAAGUACGCUAAGAAAAUACCCUGACACGCUUCUCGGAUCAAACCAAAAAGAGAAAUAUUUUGACUACAAUAGUCGGGAAUAUUUCUUUGACCGAGAUCCAGGAUUUUUCCGGCAUAUUUUGAAUUUCUACCGGAAAGGCAAGCUACACUUCUCGGCAGAGCAGUGCGAGCUUCCCUAUGAGGAGGAGCUAGACUUCUACCGCAUUGACGCUGAAUACAUUGCUCCUUGCUGCAGGGACGAGUUUGAGCCUCUUCUAAGCAGAGUUGACGAUGACGAACACUUGGAGUCUGUUGUUUUUCCAUUGCCACCAAAACUGCUAUCAGGAAAGACAUUCAGGGGCAAAUUACACGUCAUAAUGCGUUACCCAGAAGUAAGUUUUGUUGGCAAAUUCGUUUUUUAUCUCGUUGCGUCAGCAAUUAUCGUCAGCGUUAUUACAACAGUAGUGGAGACUGUUUCUUGCGGGGAGAAAAAAUGCGGAGAACAGUUUCCGAACGUUUUCAAAGUAGCGGAUACAAUAUGCGUAAUUAUAUUUCUGGUGGAAUUCUGUUUGUCACUAUAUGCAUCCAAAGACCGGCUGAAACACUUGAGGUCACUAAACACAGUCGUAGAUGCGUUCGCCAUAUUGCCAUUCUUCAUCAACGUAACUGUUGAGGCGCUCAGCGAAAGCAGCAACGCAGAGGUCCAAGCACUGGUAAUUCUCAGGGUCUUUCGCAUCUUUAGAGUUUUCAAACUGAUGCGAAUAUCCGAAAGACUGCAGAACCUUGCGAAGUCUUUAAGAGCAAGUGCACCAGACCUGCUGUUCCUUUGUUUUACAAUCUUUUUGUGCGUUCUUAUUUUCUCGUCGAUAAUAUUCUAUAUGGAGCAGUUGGAAGGGAAUCCCGAGUUCACAUCGAUUCCAGCAGCUAUGUGGUUCGGCGCCCAAACUAUGACGACCCUUGGCUACGGCGAUAUCACACCGAGCACAGCUAUUGGCAAAAUUGUCGCUGCCGUUUUUUGUCUAGCUGGGAUUUUGGUUAUUGCUUUGCCAGUUCCCAUCAUUGAAAUGAAACAGAAACUUGCAGCACAGUGUGAGCGACCAAGUCUUGAAAAUCUGAGACGUAAAAGACGGCUUGAAAUACAAAUGGAGGAACAAAAUGGACAUGGUAACACAAGCAGUGAGCCUGGCAGAUGUCAUUUACACAGAGAAGCGGUAGUCGACCUUUGAAUUCAAGCAUCAUAGAACCAGCCUAUCGACUGUUACGUCAGAUGACAUUUUCGAACUCAACUGGGUCACCUUAGAACGGCAGUAUUAGGGGUAUCCAAACAGAAUUAGAAAAUAAGCACUCAAUAGAGUUUAUAAUAACAGCCUAGCCUAAACUUCAAGAGCCGAUAAAAUAACAAAAUAGCCUUGAAUGCUCAACAAGUAGUAAUUUUUAAAACCAAAUAAACUGUUAUUUCUAAAUCUGUCAAUGCAUGCCAACUGUUUCCAAGGUACACGCCUCAAAUUUCGGGCCUCAAAUGAGCACUGAACUACAUCAAUGUUCACUGAACCUUUUUCCCCAAAAGGAAUGGGAAAAUAACAGGAGUCUGUUUUCUUCUUACUAUUCAGUGCCUGUGAAACCCCUUCCCCCUCCCUCCUGGAAAGUUUCAAAUUCUUCCCCAGUCUCUAUCCACAAGAUAUAUACACCUGAACUUGAUUCUUCAUCUCAUAAGUAAAUGGUUCUUCAAUAUUUUGUUUAGUUGAUUGCUAGUUUUCAAAGUAGAGAAUAAAGGAUGAAUUAUUUAAAUAAUUACAAGCACGUGUUCAAUCUUAUGUUGAGUAUAAUUAAUAGAAUCAUAAAAGAUGCAAAUUUGCCAA